AAAUUUUACAUAAUUCUCGAAUCGGUCUUCCCACUCAUACCUGAAGAAAGAGCUCUAAUAAGGCGCCGGAGCAGAAGAAACCCCGUCAAAUUCCCGAGAAAAUGCGCGAGAAAAGUUUCACUGAUUUCUGUAUCUGAAGCCAACGAUCACAAGAUGCGUCUCUACCUCAUCGUACGUUUGGUAUUUACGCUCUCCGAAAUCUGAAUUUUCUUCCAAAACCCAAAAAACUUGGCUGUCACAUUCAGACUUGAUUUCCGCAAUCGUAUCUAGGGUUUUCAAAGUUUUCCGACCGAACCAUUGGCUUCGAAGCUCAGCAGUUCUCGAUUCACAGAGCUUUAAUUUUUGUCAUUUUUGGGGGUUUAAUCUCGUAAUUCAGAGCGAGCUAGGGUUUGAUCGAUUCUCGGAGAAAUGGCGAUAAUCGGCGACGCGCUUCGCCAGGCGUUCAUGCUGAAGCACGAGUACGAGAGCCUCCGGGAAGAGGACAGAGCUUGGGGGAAGCUUCAGAGGCCGCUUUUGACGGCUUUCGUGGCCGUAAUUUGUCUUGUAGUUGUCGUUUCCACGAUAAUCAUGCUGAACAUUGUUUUUCCGGCCGACGCCUCGAGGAGGCCCUUCUGCGGCGACCGGGCGCUUCAGCGGCUGCAGAUUAACGUGAAUGGAGAAGGGGGAGGAGGGGAAGGAGAUUCCGAGCUUUUUCCCGGAGCGUUUUAUCUGACGGAUCAGGAGACCGUGGAUUAUUUCUGGAUGGUUGUGCUCGUCCCGUCCACGAUCAUUUUCUUGUUAACCGCGGUGUAUCUGAUUUCGGGAAUUACUGUUGCUUAUUCUGCUCCAACAAGACAUGGUUGCUUAAAGGUAGUCGAAAAUAACUACUGUGCCUCAAAACGAGGUGGGGUACGUUGUCUGGCUAUUCUGAAUGCUGUUUUUGCGAUCCUAUUUGCUCUUCUUGCUUUGUUUCUUGGUUCAAGCCUCUUGACACUAGGAAACAGCUGCUCUUUGCCCCUCUUUUGGUGCUACGAGUUUGCAUCUUGGGGUUUGGUUAUCCUGUAUGGCGGAACCUCCUUCUUCUUAAGGAGGAGAGCAGCUGUAAUUCUUGAUGAGGGAAAUUCCAGCGGUCGAAACCUUGGGCUUGAAAUGUUAGAAGCCAAUCCCGUAGAAGUCACCCCAGAGGUUGAAAGACGGGUUAGUGAAGGAUUUAAGGCGUGGAUGGGGUUGUCCCUCUUAUCUUCAGAUGAAGAAGAUGAACUGGACAGUUAUCAUGAAGCGUCUCAGUUAACACGUACCAACUCUAACAGGGAGACAAUCUAACAUUGAAACAAAAGCCUCUUUUGGAACUUGACAACUUCCUGGCCUCUUUUUUUGGUAACAUUUCAACCUUGGAAGGGGAGAAGGUUCAAUUCUUUGACUCACUAAGAUGCAGCUUUAUGAUGGCUAAACAAACUGUUGAAUAUGCGCAAUCAGACGGGGCUGUGUCUAUGUCCACUCAUGUAAGCCGCCACUUAAUACAUGCUCUUUGCUGAUCUUUCAUAGCCUGUGAAUAAUUACUAAUAGAAUUUCUACUUUUGUUUUGAAACCGAGUUGUGAAAAGAAAGCAGAUUUUGUAUGGCCGUUUCUGAGCUAAAAAAUUUUUAAAUGCUAAAAGAGUUGUUAUAUUUUGUGCAUUUGUCUACAAAGCCUGUUGUCUGUGUAGAUUUUCUUGCUCUUAAGUUGGGCAAAUGCACCUCUCUGUUUGUAGCAUAAUACUUAUUUUAACAGUUUUGUCCAUAAAAUGUGUGUUUGUUGUGCCUUUGCCACUCUUAUAACUCGUGUGGCGGUGAAUCCUGGACUUGGACUGCGAGGAAAGACUGCCCUUAAAUUGAGGGGAAAAUGUUAAAAGGUUUUUCGACACUUUUGGUCUGAAUUUUGCCGGUUUUGGCAACUGGUCCCACAAACUUAUAAUAUUGACGAGUCACCCCUUUCAACUUUUUGAAUUGCUACA